UCCAAAAUUUCAAUGAAAUGAGUUUUUGUAAUAUGUUAUAUUAGUUAUAAUUUUGCGUGUCAUCAAAUGUUGUUCAUUUGAUAAACACAAACGCGCACUUCCUUCUAUCACCUUUUCGCACUCAAAGCGAAUUCGAACAGCUGUUUGUAAACUGUCAAAUCAAGUGUCAGUGUUUGUAAUCGACAACGAGUCUUAUGCAAUGCCAGGCAACUAGGUUGCUGUAAAAGGAGAAGAAGGUGAAGCAGAAACCACCACGUUCGCGUACUACGUUAAUUAGAAGCAUUUAACGGCAAAUUCUAGGUGUAAACUCCAUAGUCAUCCAAGCAGUUAAAGAUGUUCCGAAAAGUUAUAUUUGCUACACCAGCUACAGCUGUGCUUUUGGCUGCUGUGCCUGUCAAGCAAUCGGAAGUGAAAGCAGCUGAAAAGGUGCAGGCACAUACUAAUUUCACGUGCAAGCCAAGUGAUUUGCCACUUUAUCAAUCCUUGCAUGAAUUACACAGUACUAAGACGGAAUCGCAUCCACCAAAAGACUCGCCGACACGUCAAACUAUUGAAAGUGGAAUAAGCGUUGUACGCACGGAAGUACAAGCCGGUCUUAAUGUGCUUGCUGAACAGAAGGCACAUUUCGACCACUAUUAUGAAACGGCCAAAGCGCAUACCCAAUCCACUAUCGAUUAUUUAAAUGAGCCGCAGAAUAUUUUGCCACGUAGUGGUGCUAUCGCUGUCGGUGGUUUAUCUGGCUUCAUUUUUGCUGCGCGUGGUGGUUUCAUUAAGAAAGUGCUGUACACAACCAUAGGUGCUGGCACAGUGGCUUCCCUUUGCUAUCCUAAACAAGCGGAAAUAUUUGCACGCGAUGCCCUGGUACAGGCGCGCAAAGGUUAUUAUAUUGCUUACAAUUUCGUAAAGGGUGUUAAACCAGGCGAUGAAGUUACGCCCGAACCGGUUAGUAAAUUCCCCACAAGCAUGGAAGACUUGAAAUAUCUAGCCUUAGAUCUGUACGACGAAGCGAAAGAGGCGAUAUUUGGCAAGAAGCAAUAAACACAACUAGUAGUGGAUAUAGUAACAAAGUAAGUCCAAUAACGAAAGCGAAACUUAUGGAUGUAAUCGGGUCAAAAUUUAUAGUGAACUAUGAGUAGUGGAAAAUAGCGUAUAAUACAAUAUUUUGUAUUAUGCUAUAAAAGAGUGCAAAAGCAGCUUUCGUUCAAUGUUAAUAUUCACGAAAAUUUAACUCUAAACAAUUGAAGUUUAGGCAACUUUGCAAAAUAAUUGUAACGCCACAAUAAUUAGCUCCUUUUUGUCUAAAUAAAAUAAAAUAAUAGUAAAUUUCAAAUAAUGUAAUACUUCAAAAGAUUAAAUAGCAAACCAAUUAUGCCAUUAACAAACAAAAUAAAUGCGAAGCGAAAGACGAGUGAGUUA